AUGUCUGGCGUCGAACUUCAACCCGAAUCCACGCAGUCUGAGGAGAAAGAGGAGCCAAAAACGGCUGCGACGACGAUCAGUAGUACGGAAGAGACGAAAACGGAAAAUCCAAAUGUGGCACUGGAUAAUUUGGCAAAAACGCCAAUUCAACUAAUCCUCCAACCAACACCUCAAACACCAGCGAAAACUCCAGAAACCCCGAGAAUCCAAAAAAUCAAUAAUCUCAAAAAAUCGGCAUCAUUCGAUUCGAAGAAUCAGCCAGAAGACUCGAAAACGCCAAAACAACGGGACCAACUGAUUGAAGUGCCUUCAGAUGAAGUGGGACGUGUCGAGAACAACAUUGAUAAUUUACCAUUUUAUCAUGGGUUCAUGGGACGAACCGAGUGUGAAUCUAUGCUGAGCAAUCAUGGUGAUUUUUUGAUUCGAAUGACUGAGGUUGGACGUAGAGUGGCAUAUGUGAUUAGUGUUCGAUGGCACUAUCAGAAUUCGCAUGUUCUGGUGAAGAGAACUAAAACGAAAAAACUGUACUGGACGAAAAAGUAUGCAUUCAAAUCGAUAUGUGAGCUUAUUGCAUACCACAAAUUGAAUCAAAUCCCUUUUUAUGACAAUAUGACCCUUAUUUGUGGUUUGGCUCGUCACGAAUGGCAACUGAACAACGAACAAGUGACAUUGAAUAAGAAAUUGGGAGAAGGACAGUUUGGAGAGGUUCACAAGGGCAAGUUGAAGCCAAAUGUCAUAAAAUUCUAUGGUGUUUGCACAAUGAAAGAGCCCAUUAUGAUAGUGAUGGAAUUUUGUGAUGGCUCUUCACUGGAAGACGUUCUAUUAUCAAAAGAAUCAAAAGUGUCAUCUGAAGACAAGAUACUGUACUUGUUUCAUGCGGCAUGUGGUAUUGAUUAUUUGCACGGAAAACAUGUGAUUCAUAGGGAUAUUGCGGCAAGGAAUUGUCUGUUGAACUCGAAGAAAGUGCUCAAAAUCUCGGACUUUGGACUAUCCGUGAAAGGUGUGGCGAUAAAAGAGAGAAAAGGAGGAUGUCUUCCAGUGAAGUAUAUGGCUCCAGAGACGCUGAAAAAAGGGUUCUACAGUACGGCAUCGGACAUUUACAGCUACGGAGCAUUGGUCUAUGAGGUGUAUACCGAUGGAAAGACACCGUUCGAAUCGUGUGGUCUACGAGGAAAUGAGCUCAGAAAAGCUAUAAUUGGAAAAUCGGUCAUUUUGACGAUCGACGUGGAGUGUCCGGAGUUUGUGAAGGCCAUAUUUGAACAAAGCCGACUUUAUGACACGGAGCAGAGAAUCAGUUCGAAACGGAUUAUUGAGAUUUUUAAGGAGGAAGCCGGCAUGCAUGAGCUGGAUGCCACUGGUUUGUUUGGUCGAAUCGGUUCGUUUUUUUCCAGAGUUCGCCGUCAAAAAGAGGCGGAGCCAUCAGUGCCAAUUUUAACUUGA